CUUAUUUUGUUUUCGUUUACAUGUUUUGGAUAUGCGCAGUAGAAGGCGAAUAAAAUUAACCCAGCUCGUACACAACACAGAUUAUGAAUAAGUAUAUUAUAAGCGUGCAUUAAAGGGCUGCCAAAAAAAACAACAACAAAUGCUCGAGGCUACAAAGGAUUCAUUCAGUGCCGUUCCUGGUUGUCGCAGAUAAUUCGCAAUCACAGCUGCUGCAGCUUGUCGGUGCAAGAUGUGCGGUGUCAGAGGCAAACGCUGUGGUGGUGACUGGCAAUAUGCAUUCGUAAAUACUUUCGUAUGUUUUCAAUUAGUUGACUGACUCGAUGUUGGGCUGUAUUCGUGCGUCUAAAAGUAUACGGGAAUCGUUUGCAGCAGUCAAAAAAGCAGAGUUUCGGUUAAGUUGAACGGAGACGGACUUUCGAUUUUUGUCUCUUGUUUAGGAACUUUUUUAACUCUUAAAUAUAAGAAACUUUUGUAUCAUUCCGUACGAUAUUUUAAAACAGUGUGAUUUCAAUUUGCUAAAAUGUAUUUUGUAGCGAGAUUAUGAUGAUUUUUUAUAUGUGAAAUCACUUAAGCAUUGUAAAAAAGUGAAAAGUCCCCUUCCAAUUUCAUCACAACACUUGAGCAUCGAUUGAGAUAAAAUUGAUUAGUUAUUUGCUAAAAACUCUAGCAAUAUGUCACUAGCCAGCGCUGCAGGUAUUUUGCUAAAGCCACAGACUCCACUACAGCAACUGCUUGAGGAUAUAAAUUUUCAACGUACAAAGGAAAUGCGACAAUUGCUCAAAGAUGACAGUGGUUUUGUGGUCCUCCAAGGUACUACAUAUUGGACAGAUUUGUUUGUACGCCAUUUCUUGUUUCAAACUGAACCCGUACAUAGCAUCGAUUCAGAUGAUUUACUUUUCUUUGUUCGCAAAAAACACGUGAAAAGUUCCUCCCGACAUAUGCCAAAAUAUGAGACAGAAGUUGAUGUGUUUCGGAAGGACUCCAGAAAACUUCCGAUUGGUGAUCCGGAUGUCGAUUGGGAGGAAACUGUCUAUCUCAAUAUGGUUAUACAUCAAUUCGAUUAUACACUCACAUUAGCAAUUUGUACGCGCACAUCGCCAAAGGAAUUGCAGGUGUUGAGACGCCACUCACAACGCGUAUACGCUAGUCCAAGUCGUCGGAAAAUGGACACUAAAGGUGAAGGCGAGGAGAUAACAUACCCACAUAUUUGCUUUAUGGUAGAUAAUUUCGAUGAGGUUUUCAGCGACAUCUUAGUGCGUGACGGUGAAAUGGUUUGUGUGGAAUUGGUGGCCAACGACAAAGAUGGUUCUGUGCAGGGUGUAAUAUUUCUUGGUUCAAUACGCUAUGAUGCCCUCAAAAAAGUGUACGAUGCGAGGCAAUCAAGCCUCAGCUCUAAAGUUGCGCAACGCAUGUCUUUUGGCCUAUUUAGCAGUGGUGCGGGUGUGCAAACACGCUGUGAAUUCGUUCGAAUGAAGGGUCCACAGGGUAAAGGCCAUGCCGAAAUGGCUGUUACAAAGCCGAAAGGCUCAGGCGUGGAGACACCAACAAGUGAACCAGGAUUUUGUGCAACAGAUAUGUGGGACGAGUGGGAGGAGGAAAAUGAUGACUACUGCACUUAUCGUCAUCAGCGGCGCCUAAGUGAUCCCAGCGCUAAUUUAAAUAAUUUCUCUAGGUACGCUUGGCGUACAAAAGGCGCACCUGAUGCAGUCGGCGGUACAGCGGGCGCUAAGGCGCGUUCUGAAAACGAAGGGCUCGAUUCGCUGGCAAAUGAGGUGUCAGAGAUUGAAGCUGGCGAUUUACGUGAUGAUCUGCGUCCUGCUUUCUCGGCAUCCGAGGCAAAACUCCAUCUCAAUCCGAAUUGUGAAGCAGCUAACGCGGCUGUGGUUAAGCUUCCGAUUUCACCUGAAAACGAAGUAAAACUUAGCGCUCAGCAGCAAGCGGCAGAUGUUGUAGACGGCAGUGUGCCCGUGGCUGAAGCUGUGGAAGCCACUGCGGCAACGAUCACCUCGCCAACCUCCAAUACGAGCACAACGGGUUGCAGCAACUGUUUCGGCGGCAAAAAGUGCAAACGUUGGGUGGGUGCGUCAAGCGAUAAGAACACGCCUCAAAUGUCGGAAGUGUAUUGUCCGACAUGCGACGAUGCGGCCAACGAGACUCCAGCUUGUCUCAGCAAAAUGCCCGACAAAAAGUCAAAGCCAAAACACAGAACCAUAUUAAGUGUGGAAAGCGAACUUAUUGUGACCAAGCGAGGAAGUCUCCGGUUGACCGCCGGGGGUGGAGAGAAGAAAGGUGUGGUACGUAGCGCCUCUCUUAGUGCAGCUGAUCGUAAGGUAAAGCGCACAGCUAGUCCAGCUCAAAAGAAAGAAAAGGAAAAGGAAAAAGAAAAGGACAAGCAUAAGGUUAGAGAGAAAGAUAAGGAUAAGAGCAAAGCUUCUACUUUACUUGCCAAGGUUUCACCCAAACGAAUCAAGUCUAAAACGGGCGCUGCCGCUUCAACAAAAACCAAGAACAAUAAUGACCAAAAAGAUACAAAGAAAACUCAGUUGCCAAAAGAAAGCAACAGUAAUAACAACAGGAUAGAAAAACAAGAAGCCACAUCGUUGAAAGCCGAAGAAUAUGAAUUAGCCGACGACGCAACUUCAUUGAAUGGCACAACAGUUGAGCAGAGCGAGGCCAAAAUGGCCAUACUAAGCGAGAAAGACACAAAGUUGAUGAUAAAUGUGCGCGGCCGUGAGGAACUGCCCGUUGUAGAGCAGCGCUCGCCGCCAAACACAGCCGAGUCAGUUGCUUCCGGCAGUGACGACAGCAACACGACCAGCAGCAACAAAAAUAGUCCAUACUGUUUCGAGAAGUGUGUACGUGUACCUGUAAAAUCAGAAUGCCAUCCAUUGCAGCAGCAGUCGAGUCAGAAGACGCCUAGUGCAGCUGCUGCUGAAACUUUUGAUAAUAAGCGAGACAAUAGCAUGUCGUCGACUACUGCGACAACCUCAACGACAACAAAGGCAACAAAAGCAACUAAAGUCACAGCCCUACAGCUUGAAACGCAGACUGAGACCGUGAACAGUGACUGUAAUGGCAACUGCCACCUGAUAUCGCCACCAGCCACAUCGAGUGCGCAGCGUUCGCCUAUUUCACCUCCGCCAGCGGUGUCGGCUGCGGGCAGCGUCGAAAACGGUAGUGUGAGCGAUGGAGGCGGUGGUGGCGGCGCUGGUAGCGGCAGUGAAAAUGGUCAUACCAAUGCAACUUUACCACGAGCAAAACGCAGCAGUGCUCAACACGCAUUCUAUCAUCGUGCUCUGAGUUUGGUGCCAAAGCGUAGGACGCCCGACGGCACGAACAUUUAUUAUUGGUGCGAUUUGCCGCGAAAAGCGCUUAAAGAGUUGGACGACGGCGCUUACAAUCCACUCUGGGCAAGUCGUGGUUUCACGCAAACAUUUCACUUUUGGAAGGAAAAUCGACGUCAACAGUCCACACCGCUCAACGCAUUCCUCACCUAUGUGACACUGCCUUGGUGGAGCAUUGCUAAGGGUAAACGCAUAGCAUAUCGUCUGUUUUAUGAAGAGAACACGCUAACGAAUACAUUUCUUUUACUUUGCAGAUCUUCUGGAUCAUCGUGAAACGCCUAUACUAACCUUUUAGUAUUAAAUUAGCCAUUUUUAUUUGCUUACUUCUAUUUAUUUCAAUAUACUUAUUUAAAACAUUAUAUUUAUUAAUAUACCUGUAUUUACAUUUUUAUUUAUUAAUGAUUUUUAUUAAGUUUAUUACUUUAUUUUAUUUUUUUAUUUUUUUUCACUCGAUUUGCAAUGCGAAUUUUUAAUCAAUGUCACUCAAAUGUUCUGCAAUUUGUAUUUUAUUUUAAUUGUGAUACAUUACUCUGUUUUAUAUAAUUCAAUUUAUGUGAUUUGUCUUGAUAUUUAUGUGUGCUAAUUUAUUUUAAUUACAUGCUUCACUGAUUGUAUUUGUAUUUUUGAAAACAUUUUUUAAAAAUCGAUUAUUUUACAUAAAAACACACGUCCCCAAUCAUAGCAAAAAACUAAGGGAACAAACUGAUAUUAUUGAUUCCUACACGCAAACACUAUACAAACGGAUAACUUUUAGAAAUAAAUGACAUUACGAAAUACAUACCUACAAACAUUAUAACAAAAUGUUAGCCAAAAACCCUUUAAUGCCGAUUGCCAUAUAGAAAAUAGCGCAAGCCGUUAUAUGUACAUACAUACAUUCAUAUCGUCACCCUUAUGCCAGAAGCAUGAAUGUGCAAAUUUAUCAGUUUGGAGCUAUUGGGUUGACUUCAUUAACCUUUCGAUGUUUUAUGUUAUACCAAAAUCCAGAAUACCAUGUGUACACGGAAACUCCAUAUUUUACAAUUUCAAUUGCAUAAAUGUAGAGUUAAGUCCAGUAAAAAAAACCUUCAAACUUGAUUUCCCAGAAUUUUAAAUUUUACGCAUUCAUGUUUCUGGCAUACGGGCAUGUACAUUCAAAGGAAAGCGUGUCAAAAUUAAUAUACACAACUUUUUUAUUUCGAACGCUAAGUACUCAAUACAAGCUUUUACAAUUCCAAUUCAAUUGAGAAACGAUUUUGAGAGCUACAGAUUGAGUGAAUUAAACAAAAAAUAAAAUCAAUGUUUCUUUUUUAUUAA